UUUUUUAAAUUAAGUAAGUUGAAGUUAUUGCAGCUGUUAACUAACUUCACUAAUUAAGCAAACUCAUCAGCUCGAUCAUGGCAAGUCUGAUUGGAAACCUUUUAAGAAACACUCCUAAAGUGAUCAGAGCUACUUCAGCUUUGAAAAAUACCAAUGUUCUUCAAUCCUUUACCAAUGGAGUGCUCUUGAGGAACUUCCAGACUGGCUCUGUCUUGGGUGGUCCAAGGGUACAAUGCCCAGCUCCUGACUUCAAAGGUAUGGCUGUCAUCGGUGAUGAAUUCAAAGAGAUCAAGCUCUCCGAUUACAAAGGCAAAUAUCUUGUUUUGGUUUUCUAUCCAUUGGAUUUCACAUUUGUUUGUCCAACGGAAUUGAUCGCAUUUCACGAUAGGAUUGAAGAUUUUAAGAAAAUGAACGCCGAAGUAAUUGGAAUUUCCGUCGAUUCUCAUUACACCCAUUUGGGAUGGAAAAAUACCAAGAAAGAGGAUGGAGGUUUGGGUCCAAUCAGUUAUCCACUGCUUUCCGAUUUGAAGAAGAAUAUUGCCAGGGACUACGAGGUUCUGAUUGAAGAAGAAGGCAUAGCGCUGCGCGGUUUGUUCAUCAUCGAUGGUAAAGGUAUCUUGAGACAGAUGACUGUAAACGAUUUACCGGUUGGAAGGUCUGUGGAUGAGACCCUCAGGUUGAUCGAAGCGUUCCAAUUCGUGGAGAAACAUGGAGAAGUUUGCCCAGCUAAUUGGCAUAAGGGAAGCAAGACCAUCAAACCAGAUCCAAAGGGUUCCAAGGAAUACUUUUCCAGCCCGAAGAAUUGAAGUGAUACCGGUCGCAUGAAUGGGUGUAUUAUUAAUGGUGUAAUUUGUUCGAAUAAAGCAUAUUGAUGCAGU